CGCACCACCACCACUCGACCAAAACCCUAGCGGGCGAGCGAGGGAGAGAGAGACCGCCCCGCCCGACCCCGCCGAUGGAGAGAUCCCGCCGCCUGCUGCUGGUGGCGGGCCUGCUCGCGGCGCUGCUCCCGGCGGCGGCCGCCGCGUUCGGGCCGCAGCCGGGGGCGCCGUGCGAGCCCACGCUGCUGGCGCCGCAGGUCGCGCUCUUCUGCGCGCCCGACUUCCCGACCGCGCAGUGCUGCGAGCUCGGCGUCCCGGUCGUCGACCUCAGCGCCUCCGUCCCCUGCGUCUGCCGCGUCCCCGCGGAGCCGCAGCUCGUCAUGGCGGGCCUCAACGCCACCCACAUCGCGCUCUACAGCUCCGGUCUCCGUCCAGGCGGCGCCCACCUCGCCGCCGCCUGCGAAGCACAUCCUCCCCCGGCCGCUGUCGUCAGCAGCCCCCUACCCACGCACCCGUCGCCUGCUACACGUCGCCGCAAGGACGCGCGGCCUCCUCAGCAGCAAUACUGCGCUGCUUCAUCUCCAGACACCACAUGCGGUGUGGUUCGUCCGGGCGCGCACCUCGCCACCGCCUCCGCCACCAUCCCAGGGACCCCCAGCCACCACGGAUGACUCUGCUAUGACCAAGUAUAUGGACAAGAUCACUCAUACGCUGACUGAGUCCAUGGUUAGUUCUUAUGCCAUGGGGGGUUUGCUGGUCGUGUCUGUUGGCACUGGCAUCGCCGUGUGGGUUUGGAAACAGUACUCAGAUAAGCACAGGGAGCCGGGGCAGCAUCCUCACGGAGAGGUGGAGAUGCCGCCACUACAUGCCGGACUACGUGGAGAUGCCGCCUCUAUCAUUGGCACAGCAGCUGCACGUCUGCGGAGGUCAGUGACAUCAGCGCCAUCCCUGCUGCGAGUGCGAGCGCCCCAUCCAUCCCUGCUGCGAGUGCGAGCGCCCCACCAGAGCCUGUUUCCGCUCGUGCCCCCCGCCCCCGGCUAGCCAUACCAGAGUAGGCAUCUGUUUGAAGGAAGAAUGUGUGAGGCUCAGUGUCAAAUCAUUGUUGAUUUGAAGUUACUGAUCCAUCAGUACCGUUGUUGGAACUCAGUGUCAAACUUCUUUAUAUGAAUCUCUUGCAUGCUGUUUCGUGCUCGAUGAGAUACUUUGCCCCUUGAAAAAAUUGGUGUUUCGUCAAUGUGGA